AUGAAAACCCCCAUAUCAUUCACCUCUCUCCUCCUACUCUCAACCUCCUUCGCCCUCUCAACCACCACCGCACCACAAUUCCAAUGCACCCCCUCCCCCACCCUCCCCCAUCAAUCAAUCGACAUCGCAAUCCUCGGCGGCGGUGCCUCAGGAACCUUCUCCGCCAUCCACCUCCAAAACAAGCACGCAAACCAAACCCUCGCGCUCAUCGAAGCUAAACCAAAACUCGGCGGCCAAGUAAACACCUACCACGACCCCUCCACAGGUCUAACAGCCGAAUACGGCGUAAACCAAUACACAGACGUCCCCGGUGCAGCAGAGUUUCUUGACGCCCUGGGGAUUCCGUAUACCCGCUCAGGGACUAGGGGCGGGGAUAGGGGUGGGGGAUCGGGGUAUAUUGAUAUCCAGAACGGGAGGAUAUUGGAUGGGCCGAGUGAGGAGGAGGGGAAUGAGACGGCUAAGGCGAUACGGGUUUAUAGGGAGAUUUUGGGGAGGUAUCCAGAGCUUGAGGAGGGGUUUUUGCUUCCCGAGCCUGUUCCUGAGGACUUGGUACUGCCGUUUACGGAGCUUGCGAGGAAAUAUGGGAUUGAGCGUGCUGUGCUGCCGCUUUCGACUGGGAUGGGGGAUCUGGAUAGUGUCCCGACGCUCUACGUGAUGAAGCAUUAUGGCACGCAUGUAUACCGGAAUCGAUUCCUAUACACAGCGCGCAAGAAUAACCAGGAGAUAUACGACAAGGCACAACAACUACUAGGAGAAAGCGCCCUCCUCUCAAGCAAACCCCUCGCCAUUCAACGAAACGAGAACAACAAUAGCGUACAGAUAUGCCUACAAACACCAACAGGCACGCAACUCCUCCACGCCAAACGCCUCCUCGUCACCAUCCCACCGACCCUCAACUCCUUAAAAGGCACAGGCCUAGACCUAACACCCGAGGAAACAGCCCUUUUCGCCAAUUUCUCGCGGAUUGGGUAUUAUUCCACUCUAGUCCACAUUCCGGGUUUCUUGCCCUUCUUGUCCUUCCAGCAGAAUAGCACGGACAAAAAGAACAAUAUAACCGUCCUUGAAAACACAUACCCGGCAAACAGUUUUAAUCUCCCACAAUUGCCUGCGAUCUGGAAUAUCCACAGAACAUCCAUUCCAGAUCUCUAUCACAUCGAGUACGGCACUGCCACACCACUAUCUGAAGAUAUCGUCAAACAAAAUAUCUUCACUGAUCUAGCUCGUCUGCGGAACACAGGUUUAAUCAUCACCAUUGAUAAUGGUAGUGGCACUGAUGUACAAGAAGACCCAGUGGUUGUUAGAUUCGCAGACCACUCGCCGUUCUAUCCGUACUUAUCACCUGAGGCGAUAAAGGAUGGGUUUUAUAAAAGGCUUGCUAAGUUACAGGGGGAGAGGGGGACGUGGUGGACGGGGGGCGCUUUUCAUGUGCCGGAUUCGAGUCUAUUGUGGAGAUUUUCGGAAGGGGUUGUUGCGGGUUUGGUUAAGAGCAUUGAGGAGGGUGGGUGA